AUGAUUCCUCUCACCCUCUCACCCUCGCUUUCAUCGCCACAGUAUCAGUCUAUCGACGAACUCGUCGCUCAACUCUCUGUUGACCCGCAGUGCGAGGCGAUCGCUUCGGAACUAGGCGUGCUUCAGUCGAUCUAUGGGGAGGAUGCGAUACAGCUGUGGCACCCCUGCACCCCGAGAGAGCGUGCACGCGACGAGUACGAGCAAGGCCCCCGCAACGGCGAGCCAGGAUCUAUCCGAUACGAAGUGGCAUUGAAUGUCUCUCCACCGUCUGACCCAUCCAUAACAUACCCUCUCACGAUUCUAGUUUCGCUUCCCCCGGCCUAUCCCGCUUCCGCCAUGCCUCAGCUCCAGCUCCUCUCACGCUAUGUUGGUCCAUACGGUGUCGAUGCUGCAUUAUUUGGCACUGUACUCCGGACGUACAUAUCUAAAGGUGGUGUAGAGAUCGUUCCCGGAGAGGUAUGUGUCUUCGACGGGGUGGAGUGGGUGAAGGAGAAAUGCGCUGAGUGGGUGGGCGAGAGAAUGAGUGCAGUGAAGGUUGAGGAGAUCAUGAGGGAAAGCGAGAAAGAGUGCCUGAGUGACAUAGACGGAGAGGCCGAGCAGGUUUCAAAGGGGAAGGCAGAGAUUCUGAUGGUGCCGACGCGGAUACCUGACGGUGUGGAGAUCGUGGAGGCAGAGCCAAUCGUGGAUCGAAAGAGUGUGUUCAUCGGGCGUGCAUGUCGCAUCACAGAUCCCUCUCAGGUCGAGAUGAUACUCGCACACUUAAUGUCAGAUCGCAGGAUUGCACGCGCAACUCAUCCGAUCAUCAAUGCAUGGCGGUGUCGGGUGGGUAACGUCCUUCACCAAGACAACGACGAUGACGGAGAGAGUGCGGCGGGUGGUCGUCUGUCACAUCUCCUCCAGAUUCUUGAAGUCGACAAUGUGCUAGUGGUCGUAACGCGUUACUUUGGAGGAAUUCAUCUCGGUCCAGAUCGAUUCAAACACAUAAACCAGGCGGCACGUAACGCGCUUGAACUGGGAGGGUUUCUGGACAAUGGUGAAGGGAGUAGCAGUACGAACGGACGUCGCAGGGGGAAGGCUGGGCAUGCGAGAAGGUAG